AUGUCUGCUCAAAAUAAGACAAUCAGUCUACCGAAGAGUCGGGUGCGCAUGUUCUACCGGGAACUUGGCGGAAGGACUCCUCAAAAAGCAAUUCUCCUUCUUCACGGCUUUCCCUCAUCAUCACAUCAAUAUAGAAAAUUGAUUCCUCUUCUUGCUGCCAAAUACCGAGUUGUGGCUCCGGACCUUCCAGGCUUCGGCUUCACGGAGGUACCAGAAGGAUUUAAAUACUCGUUCGAAACGCUCGCCAACGCACUCGAGGAAUUUCUAGACGCCAUCUCCCUUUCGAAAUUCUCAAUCUACAUUUUCGACUACGGUGCCCCGGUUGGCCUUCGGCUGGCACUCCGGCGCCCGGACGCUAUCGAGACCAUCGUCUCUCAAAAUGGAAACGCGUAUACGGAGGGAUUCGGCGACGUGUGGGGUCCCGUGCAAGAGUUCUGGGCAAGCAAGAACUCUGCAGAGGAUCGAGCCAAAAUGGCGGAUGCCAUGUUGACAUACGACAUUACCAAGUUCCAGUACCUUAAUGGGACGCCUGACGCCAACAGCAUCGCACCGGAAUCUUACACCUUGGACUACGCACUGAUGGAACGCUCUGCGAACAAGGCUGUGCAACUCGAUCUUUUCAUGGAUUACCAGAACAAUGUUGCGCUCUAUGAGAAGUUCCAAGAAUACUUCAGGUCUUCUCAAGUGCCACUUUUGGCCGUCUGGGGCAAGAACGAUGUGUUUUUUAUUCCCCCUGGGGCUGAAGCGUUUAAGAAAGAUCUCCCUCGUGCGCAGGUCAAGCUUCUCGACGCUGGCCAUUUUGCGUCAGAGAGCCACGCUGAGGAGAUCGCUAAGGAGGUUAUUUCUUUUUUACAGUAA